AUGGCCAUACGAGUGCAGUUCGAAAACUCCAACGAGGUGGGGGUGUUUUCCAGGCUGACGAACUCGUACGCGCUGAUCGCCAUGGGGGGCUCGGAAAAUUUCUCGAGCGUCUUCGAAUCGGAGCUGUCCCAACACAUCCCCCUGGUGUACACCACCAUCGGAGGAACCAAAGUGAUUGGGAGAGUCUGCGUGGGGAACAGGAAGGGGCUACUCGUUUCCAGCAUAUGUACAGACCAGGAGCUCCUCCACUUAAGAAACGCUCUCCCAGAAAAUGUGAAAAUAAAAAGAAUCGAGGAGAGACUCUCAGCACUGGGAAAUUGCAUAACAGCCAACGAUUACGUGGGGCUAAUCCACACCGAUAUAGACAGAGAGACGGAGGAGAUAGUGCAAGACGUUCUAGAUAUUGAGGUGUUUAGGACCUCCAUCGCUGGGAACCUUCUUGUUGGAACCUACUCCUACUUUACGAACAAUGGGGGGCUCCUACACGCCAUGACAUCUUCCCAAGAAAUUGAAGAACUCUCAGAGCUGCUUCAAAUACCGUUGAUUACCGGCACUGUUAACAGGGGAAGUGACCUCAUCGGGGCUGGCCUGGUGGCCAACGACUGGUCUGCCUUCUGCGGAAUGGACACCACUGCCAUCGAGCUGAGUAUCAUUGAGAAGGUCUUCAAGCUGAACAGCAUCGAGGACGCAAACAUUGAAGAUAACUUCAAGUACAAAUCGUCCAUCAUCCAGACGAUGAUUUAG